AUGGGGCCCCCCGUGGCGGAGAUAACAGUCUACGAGCUUCCGGACAAAGUUUGUCUCCUCGCGCUUAAUUCGCAGCAGCAGCAGCAGCAGCAGCAGCAGCAGCAAGCAGCAGCUGCUGCUGCUGCUGCCCGCCCAAAUGGCCCAAGCGAGGGCUGCAGCUGCAGCUGCGGCUGCUAUGGGCGGCUGUUGAUUCUUAAGAAGGCGGUGCUCAGUGCAGCAGCUGCAGCAGACAAGAGCAGCAGCUGUUCGGACGGCAGCAGCAGCAGCAGCAGCAGCGGCAGCAGCAGCAGCAGCAGCGGCAGCAGCAUCAACAGCGAAGAAGACGAGGGCGUGAUUUCUUACCAGCAGCAUUGCCUGCAAACGGCUUGCGCUUUCGAAUCGGCGAAACUGCUGCUGCAGCAGCAGCAGCAGCAGUUCUGUCAGCAGCAGCAGCAGCAGCGCCACAACGCAGACUUCCUGAGGCUGCUGCUGCGGACCCAGCGUGAGCAGCAGAAGCAGCAGCAGCAGCAGCAUGACGAGGCUGCAGCAGUGGCGAGCAGCAAGAGGAGCGACGCCUACAGCCCAGCUGCGAGCGACAGCAGCAGCAGCAGCAGCAGCAGCAGCAGCAGCAGCAAAGAAGCUGCUGCUAAGAGAGGCCUCUGCGGCCAAAGCCCCUGCUGCUGCUUUGCUGCCUACAAAGCCUUUGGGCUCUUAGGCGCUGUGAAGCUGCUGUGUGGGGUUUACUUGUGUGUAAUUACGGAGAAGACAACAGCAGGGGCCCUUCCCGACAUUGCUGCUGCUGCUGCUGCUGCUGCUGCUGCUGCUGCUGCUGCAGCAGCAGCAAAAGAAGAUGACGAGGGCCUGGAUCCGCUGCCAGUUUUUGCUCUGGAGGGGCUGCGGCUUGUCCCCCUUUUCUGCUGGAAAUGGGAAGACUCGCAGCUGCUGCAGCACGCAGCAGCAGCAGAUGCUGCUGCUGCUGCUGCUCUCGAGCUGCAGCGGCUGGUCUUCUACAAUGGGGCCCCCGGGGGCCCCCGUGUUGCUGGCUGCUGCUCCCCUGCGGGCGUGGACGUGGGGGAGGUGAGGGUAGCAGCAGCAGCAGCAGCAGACAGCAGCAGCAGCGGCGCCAGCAGCAGCAGCGGCUACGCGUCGCCCCCCGAGCUGCUCGAAGUGCAGCAGCAGCUGCUGCAGCAGCAGCAGCAGCACAUGAAGCCGCAGCAAAUUGCGCAGUUCCGAAAGCUGCUGGAGAAGGAGCAGCGGCUUUGCUCUUUGCUGCUGUCAGCUUUUAGCACAGCGCCUCAGUCGCUGCUGUUUUCAAACUCCAUAGACCUUACGCUUUCGCUGCAGCAGCCGGCACAGGAAACUGCAGCGAGGAGCUGCAGGCCAUUUCGUCUUCAACAAAUUUAUGCUGCGGGAGAUGCAGCAGCGCGCACGACACGCAGCAGCAGCAGCAGCAGCAGCAGCAAAAGAUGCUGCGGUUGCAGCAACAGAAGCAGCGAAUGCUCGCGCAGCAGCAGCAAGCAGCGGUUUCUGUUUCAUUGGAGGCGCGACAUCCGACAGCAGCAGCAGCAGCAGCAGCAGCAGCAGCAGCAGCAGUGUCACAGCAUCAGUGACAAAGCUUGGUGUACUGGCUACUGCUGCUGCUGCUCAUCUGCAGCAGCAGCAAACGGCUGCUGCUUCUCCCCUUGGCAGGUUGUACUCAUCCAAGGAGGGCUGCAGCAGCAAACUAUCAUGAUCCCCUCUUCGCAGCAGCAACAGCAGCAGCAGCAACAGCAGCAGCAACAGCAGCAGCAGCAGUUGAAAGGUGCUCAGUUUUUCCAUUUGUCUGUCUUGGCGCGGCGGUCUCGCUUUGCUGCUGGGACCCGCUUCUACAGUCGAGGCCUGGAGAGGCCCACUGACGCAGCAGCAGCAGCAGCAGCAGCAGCAGCAGCAGACAGCAGCAGCAGUUUGGGUGCUGCGAACGAAGUGGAGUGCGAGCAGAUGCUGUGGCGUGUGCUGCCACCGCAAGCCACAGUGCCGGCGGCAGCAACAGCAGCAACAGCAGCAACAGCAGCAGCAGCAGUAGCAGCAGCAACAGCGGCGGCUGCUGCGGCGCCGGAAGCAGCUGAGGCAGCAGCAGUAGCCAGUGCAGCAGCAGCGCUUGCUGCGGACACUGUAUCCUUGGGCUUGCCUAGCACUACAGCAGCAGCGUCAGAAGCAGCAGCAGCAGCAGCAGCAGCAGCAGCAGCGCCAGCAGCAACACUCAGCCCCACAGCUGCCGGCUCAUGUGGCGUGGGCUCCGCUUGUUUGUCCGCAGGCGAAGGAGCAGCAGCUAGUUCAGCAGCAGCAGCAGCUGCAGCAGCUGCUGCAGCAGCUCCCCGGGGCUCGAAGUGGCGCUUUUCCGUUUGCUGCGCUGCUGUUGUGUUUCUAAGGGGAUCCAUUCCAGUGUUUUGGAGACACGAAAGUGUUUCAAAAAGACUUUUAUUUUCAUUUCUGAUGCCAUCUCCGACGACGUGCAUUGACUUGCCUGCUGCUGAGGUGUACGUACACCUGAAGCGACACCUGCGCUGGCUGCUCACGCGCUACCAGCAGCCGCUGCUGCUGCUGGAUCUUGUCCGGCAGCAGCACCCAGUGGAGGGCACAUUAAGCCGCGCUUACAGGGAAGCUUUGCUGCACUGCAAGGACGAAUUCAAGGUGUCUGUACACUCCAGCGCUGCUGCAGCUGCAAGCAGCAGCAGCAGCAGCAGCAGCGCCGGCGGCAGCAGCAGCAGCAAGAGCAACUGCUGCACGCCCGAAACGUGCAGCACGAGCAGAACCUCCCCAGGCCCUGCUGCAGCGGCGGCACGCGGCUCUGCUGCUGACGAGUAUAGCUGCAAUAAGCAGCAGCAACUGCAGCAGCAGCAGCAGCAGCAGCAGCAGCAGCAGGCACUUCCCGAAGUUACCUACCACAUGAUGGACUGGCAUGCGCGCAGCGAGGCCGAUGGCUUUGAUGCAGCCUUUGCUGAGUUGGCGGUCUUGGGCUCCCAGCUGCUGCAGCAAACGGGGUUCUUCGUGUUCCAGCGCCAGCAGCAGCAGCAGCAGCAGCAGCAGCAGCAGCAGUUGCUGCUGCAGCGGGGCGUGGUGCGCUUCAACUGCAUCGACUGUCUAGACCGCACGAACAUAGCGCACGUGUGUCUUGGAGUUGUUGCACUGUACGUACAGCUGAAGGCUCUGGGGCUCUGCGGCCCUGCUGCUGCAUGCCCUCACUUCUGCUUCUUGCUGCAGAGCCAGCAAGACGUGUUGAAGGCAGCAGCAGAAGGUUUGCUGCUGCAGCAAACCGUAGCAGCAAAGCGCAAGCACGCCUGGCUGCUGCUCGACGCAGAGCAGCAGCAGCAGCAGCAGCAGCAGCAGCAGCAGCAGCCAAACACCCCGGCAGGCCCAGCAACACAAGGGGCCACAGCAGCAGGGAAGCUGAAGGAACACGUUCAAAGCCCUGAGCAGCCUAUUUACGAGCAAAGUGGAGAAGCAGCAGCAGCAGCAGCAGCACCUGCUGCUGCUGGCUCUGCUGCUGCUACUGCUGCUGAGUCCCCACAACAAGCAGCAGCCUCGCGUCUGACUGCCGAUGAGCUGCUGCCAGCGUAUGGUUUCCCCUUGGCAGCAGCUGCUGGAGAACGGCCCGGCGCAGUCACAUGCACAACAGCAGCAGCUGCUGCUUCUGCUGCUCUUGCUGCUGCUGCAGUCUCGCUGCCAGCUUUCAAAGAAAAAGCAGCAGUUGUGAGUGUCUUGGGGGCCCUCUGGCGCGGCAUUGGCGACAACAUUUCCAUCCAGUAUGCUGGUUCUCCGGCGCUGCAUGCAGCGGAGUUUGUGCAGUGCCCAGUUCGUGCUGCUGCUGCUGCUGCUGCUGCUGCUGGGCAGCGAGACCAGCAGCAGAAGCAGCAGGGGGCCGCCAUGCGCGCCGAAGCAGCAGCAGCAGUUUGGGAAAAAAUGAUCAAGGGAAUGAAGGAAAGGCCCUGGAUAGCUCAGUCAAGAACCAGCGCGCUUUAUGCUGUACAGCGGUACGUCAGCAACAAAGUUUUCGACACGGAGCGGCAGCGCGCUAUUUAUUUGCUGACAGGAAAUUUCCGGCCAUCUCUGGAGGGUCCUGACUUGCUUUCAUUGGAUUGUUCGCAGCAGCAGCUGCCAAUGCAUGCGGAGCCAGCAGCUGCAGCAACAGCAGCAGCAGGCGAAGCAGCAGGAAGGGAACUCCUGGAGGCUGGUGGUGCUGCUGGUGCUGCUGAUGCUGCUUCUGUUGCUGCUGCUGCUGCAGCAAGGCAAGCUGCAGGCGCUACCGUGGCUGCGCUAAAGCCUGCAGCAGUCACCUCUCCGACGAGCGCACAAGCAGCAGCAGCAGAAGCAGGGGAGGCAGCUGCUGCUGUUGCUGCUGCUGCUCUGCAGCGAGACAACAAUGAGACCUUUCAGAAGCUCAGCAGCUUUCUUUGA